AUUAAAAAAAGAGACAAAAUUAGAUUUACUGUUUGAUCUGGUUUUAAACACCUUUUUUGCAGUGAAGGCUUAUUUCUACCUGCUAGUGAAACUUGCCUGUGUGCGUGUUUGGUUCUUGAGGUUUUAUUUGUGCAUUGUGUCAUCGCGGUGCGUGUGUGUGUGUGUGUGUGUGUGUGUGUAGAGGGCAGGGCACAAGGCAGGGCGUUGAGUCUUACCAGUACUCCCAGUUUCUUGGAACAAAAGCUCUGUUGUUGAACCACCAUGUGACUCUGUGUGUGUGUGUGUGUGUGUGUGUGUGUGUGUGUGUGUGUGUGUGUGUGUGUGUGUGUGUGUGUGUGUGUGUGUUCCACCCCUGUCAUGUGAUCUGAGCUCAGAGUCUGAGAAGUGCUGAGUCGCUCUGAGAGGUUCUUCUAGCAGGAAACAGACAGACAGACAGACAGACAGACAGACAGAGAGAUGGAUGGAUGGAGGGAUGGAACAGAGAGAAGGUGGAGAAGAGAGGAAGAGAAAGAGGAAAAAGGUGUUUGGGAAAAAAAUACGGCGAGAAGAAAGCAGCGAUGUCAUUCUUUCAUUCUGCGUCUCUUUGUGGAUUCUUGUUGGAAACAGCAGCAGAGUAAAGAUGUGAGGAUGCAUAUCAGCCUUUAUCUGAGCAGGAUCUUUAUUAUCAGGUGGGUGGAUCCGUCUCUGUGACCUCUGACCCCUGAGGAGCAUGAGUGAUGACCUCGGUGGUGCUGGUUGACACCGGGGGGGCCGUGGUGGAGUACGUCACCGCCGAGGAGGACCCCCAGCAGCAGGAGGCGGAGUGUGAGGUGGACCUGGAGUUUGAGGGGGAGGUGGAGGGAGAGUGUGAGGCGGAGGAGGCCUAUGAAGACCUCCAGGACCGAGAGGAGGAGGAGGAGGAGGAGGAGGAGGAGGAGAACUUCCCGGCGGUGAUCGUGGAGGAGGUGCCCGGCGCCACGCUGACGGAUGAGCGAGGCUUCUCGGCGCAGGUGGUGGUGUACGAGGACGAGGCGUACCUGAUGCAGGAGGUGGGAGACGAGCAGGAGGUGGAGACGGAGGAGCAGACAGUGGAGGCGUCUGUCCACGGCUCCAGCAUCCACUGCUCUGAUAAAACCAUCGAGGCUGCAGAAGCUCUGCUGCGUAUGGACUCACCGUCCAGCCUCAGAGAGGACCGCAGCCCAGAAGCGUUCAUCCCGCCGUGCAUCGUGACUCCAGACUUCCUGCACGCCGCCAUGCGUCCCGACAUGAUGUCAGAGACGGAGGUGGAGAUCUCCACCGAGGAGUGCUGCGAGGAGGAGGACGAGGAGAUGGUCACCCUGCUGGAGGAGCCGGAGCCGGGCCACGAGCCGGCCCGCAAGAGGAGAGCUGGACGGAAGCCGAAGACGCAUCAGUCCUCGAUCUCUAACGGCUCGCUGGACCUCGGCAUCAAGAAGAAACCACGAGAAGGAAAAGCAGGCAGCACCACCUACCUGUGGGAGUUCCUGCUGGACCUCCUCCAGGACAAGAACACCUGUCCCAGGUACAUCAAGUGGACCCAGAGGGAGAAGGGCAUCUUCAAGCUGGUGGACUCCAAGGCCGUGUCCAAGCUGUGGGGCAAACACAAGAACAAGCCCGACAUGAACUACGAGACCAUGGGCCGCGCUCUCAGAUAUUACUACCAGCGCGGCAUCCUGGCGAAGGUGGAGGGUCAGCGGCUGGUUUACCAGUUUAAAGAAAUGCCCAAAAACAUCGUCAUCAUCGACGACGACAAGAUGGAGCUGCCGUCCCCCGAGGACCUGCUGGACUCUGGGGACGCGUCCUACGAGCGCGUGUCUCCUCCCUCGGACCUGCUGCUGCAGGCCGCAGAGCUCUCGUCCAAUAAGAAGCCCAACAUCCUGCGAGGAGGCGGAGCCAGGACCAACGUGGUGCAGGGGGCCGCCGCCACCGGCAGCAAGACGGGAGGAGGAGGAGCAGGAGGAGGAGCAGGAGGAGGAGCAGGAGGAGGAGGAGCGGCGGCCAUGUUGGCGGGGAUGCCCAGGAUAGUUUCUGUUACUGGAGCUGACGGGAGUCAGGCCCAGCAGUCUCACACCGCCAUCAUCCCCACCGCCUCCGGGCCCAGGACAGUACGGGUGGCGAUGCAGGUGCCUGUCGUCAUGACGACAUCACUGGGUCAGAAGAUCUCCACUGUUGCCGUGCAACAGCCGACAGGAACAACCGGAGCAGCCGGACACACAACGCUGCUCACCAACACUUCACCUGGAAACACGAACGCACAACAGAAGGUUGUGAUCCAGACCCUCCCCACGAUGGUCCCGGCCACCGCAGAGAACGGAGACAAGAUCACCGUCCAGCUGGCGAAGAUCAUCACCAUCCCGGCCCACCAGCUGGCCCAGUGUCACCUCCAGACCUCCUCGGGGUCCACCAAGCCCGGGGUGGGGGGCCCCCCGGCGGGGAUCAGCCUCCUGGGGGGGCCCCUGACGGUCCGGGCCCUGGCCCCCGUCAACGUGGCCCCGGGGACGCAGGUGAUGAGACUCACCGUGCCGACGCAGAACCAACCUCAGACUCUGGUGGUGUCCCAGCCGGGCGGCGGGACGCCGGGCGUCGUCACCGUGACGACGGCCAACCAGACGAUGGCGUCGCCUCGCAUCAUCAGCGGCAUCAUCAACGGGUCGGAGCUGGUGAUCGGAGCGCCGGGCCCCGCGGGAGGAGCAGGAGGAGUCUCUGUGGAGAAGCUGAAGGCGGCAGGAGUCCAGGUCCAGACGGUCCACGUCCCCGUAGCGCUCCAGAACCCCAAAACUGUCCAGAACGUCCAGUCGGAGGACGCCGACGUGGUCCCCAAAGUGGACGACGUGUCAAAGAGUGAAGAGCCCGAGUGUUGAAACUCUCCUCACGGCCAGUUUGUUCAUGUGUGACGUCAUUUUUACUUCUUUAACAACCAGCAGCAGUCGAAGAGACUUUAAAGACUCUGGACGGGUUUUAAGUCCUCAACUUCCUCCACAUCGUCCCUGUUGCUACCUGGACGGUCCUCAGAGUCCCUCGGGGGACAGACAGACUGUAAAGGGACUCGUUGGGAAACGUAAAGGGACCAACCUGGAUCACUACAAUCACUCACUCAAACUGGGAGGAAAAAAAGGAAAAUAAAAUAAAAAAAACAAGCUUAACACUACAAAAACGAGGCAAAAACUAUCACAACUAACCAAAAUGUGAACUUUCUAAUAACAGAAACCACAUCAGGUGAUGUAACGACGAGUUUGUAGAGACACUUUGUCUAUAUUUUUGCCUCUACAGCUGUUAGAAACCAGCAUCUUCUUCUUUUUUUUUACUCAUAUCACUGUGCAGAUCGAUGGCUGGUGCUAUGUGAAUAUGAACGCUUUAGAGAAAAUGGAGCCGCGAGAACGAAGGAACGAUAUCGGAAAAAAACAGAAAAUGGUCAUUAUGUAAAUAUUUAUAUAUAUCUACUAUAUACAGUUUACGGAGCUCAAGUUAACAGAAACAGCCUUAGAUUUUAAUUUUGACUUUUCUUUUUUCAUGUAUUGUCUGAACAGUAAACUGAACUUUGUUUUUGUGUUUUGAUACCUUGUACCAAGCACAGUAUUAAUGAACACGGGAGCUGAUAUCUGUAUUAUUAUUAUUAUUAUUAUUCUCAUUAGUUCCUCUGUCACUAUCAGGCUGUUAGAGAUGAAACAGCUUCAUGUUUUAGAUCAGGAGGCUUUAAACCUCCAGCUUCCAUUUCACAUUCAUUUGACUAAAGGAUGUUGUUGUUUUUUUCAAUUUUUUGACAAAUGUUUUGCUCUUUUUCACAACCCGACAGAGAUCUGCUGCAUGCUGCCACGUGUGGAACAAUUAUAAUCCCAAUAGGAAUGUAUGUAAAUUCAGAGAUUUAAUUGAAGCAAUUAUUUUAAUGACAAUAAGAGAAUCACAGCUAUGUAUGUAAAACGUCUGUGAAGAAUCUGAAACCACUGUGAUCCAGGUCACUUUAUGUCAAACGGAGGAUCAACCUGCCAGCAGCCCCACAUUUCAUUCUUAUUUUUAUUAUCUAAAGAGGGAAAAUGGAGAGAAAGAUGUUUGUGUUCAGACUGAACUCUUUGUAUAUUCAACAUUUGAAGUAUAUUCUAUUUUGUUGUACUCUUGUUUCAAAGUGUAUUAAAGUAGAUUUUACUGAAAUAUAAAAAAGACAUUUGAAACCUGA